AUGAGCUGCUCCCUGGACCUGGAUCAAGCCCCCACCCUGGAUGAGUUGCUGCGGGGCUGCGUCGAUGCCUUUGAUGCACAGGGGAAGGUUCGGGACCCCCAACUCGUCCGGCUCUUCCUGGCGACGCACCCCUGGUACCUCCCCCAGGCUGAGAUGGCUGGGAAGCUGCUGAGCCUGGUGCAGGAGUCAGGGGACUCAGCCGAGGGUCCCUCUCUGCGCCUCAAGAUCCGCCACUUGGUCCGGUACUGGAUCCGGGCAUUCCCGCGGGAGCUCUCCGGGGACCCCCAGGUUUUGGGGAAGCUGCGGGAACUGGAGGCGGAGCUGGGGGGGGACCCCAAAACCCCCCUUGGCCUCAGCAACCUGCCAGAGGAGGGUGACGCUGACAACAGUGACGAUGACGACGGUGACACUGGUGGUGUCCCCGGGGGGGGUCCCAAGCCCGCGGCCCCCCUUGGGCCCCCCCGGGCCCGGUUCUCACUGCUGCUGGAGCCACUGGAGCCGCUGGAGCUGGCGACGCUGCUGACACACCUGGAGCACCGCGGCUUCGCCCGGCUGAGGCUCUGCGACAUCCGCACCUUCGCUCUCUCGGCGGGCGCCUCCUGCCCGCCCUCGCUCCGCCGCCAGGUGGCGCUGUCCAACGGGCUCUCGCGCUGGGUUCAGCUGCGCGUUCUGCGCCCCCUGGCGGCCGCACAGCGCGCGGCGGCGCUGGGGCAGUGCCUGCUCCUGGCCCAGAGCCUCCUGGAGCUCCGUAACUUCAACUCCCUCUUGGCUGUGGUCGGGGGUCUCGGCCACGGCUCCAUCGCGCGGCUGCGCCGGACCCUCGUUCUGCUGCCCCCCCACCUCAUCCAGCUGUGGGCACAGCUUGCUGAGGCCGUGGGCUCGGGGAACUAUCGGAGGUACCGGGCGCUGCUGGGGGGCGCGGGGGGCACGGGGGGGUUCCGGGUGCCGGCGCUCGGGGUUCACCUGCGGGACCUGGUGUCACUGGAGGCAGCGUUGCCGGACUGGGGGGCCAGGGCGCCCCACCCCAACAAGCUGCGCGCGCGCUUCGCCCUGCAAGGCGUGCUGUUGGCGGGGCAGGAGCAGGGACCCCCCGGGGCUCCCCAACCCGACCUGCUCCGCCUGCUGGAGGUGUCCCUGGCGCUCGGACCCUCCGAGGAGCAGCUCCACCUGAUGUCGCUGCAGCGCGAGCCCCGCAGAGCGCCCCCGUGAGGGACCCCCCCCGGAGCUGCCCCCUGCCAACCCCCCCGAGAGCUGGGUCCUGCCCGCCCCCCGACCCGAUCCUGCAGGGCUGCGGCCACGCCUCGAGGCAGCUCGUGGAGGUGGUGGCGCCAAGGGGUCCAUUUUCCGGAACUACGAUGUGGACGGGGAUGGUCGGAUCUCCUGUGAGGAAUUUGAGAUCGUAAGGGAAAACUUCCCCCACUUGCCCCCCCUGGGGGAGCUGGACACGGACAGGGACGGGGGUCUCAACCAGGAGGAGGUUCUGGCCUAUUUCCUGAGCUGCAGCCAAGGGCCCUCCCCGGGGCCCCCCCACAAUUUCCGGGGGCUGCGGGGGCUGCGUGCGGCCACCUGUGAGACCUGUGGGCGACUGAUUUGGGGGCUGCACAAGGACGGACUGGAGUGCAGCGGCUGUGGCCUGCGCUGCCACGUGGGGUGUCGGGAGGGGCUGCGUCCUGAGUGUCGCCGUCGUGCCCAGAGCGUCGCCGCCGCCCCCCCGGACCUCCCCGGACCCCCUGGGCCCCCCAAAGCCCGGCCCCGCUCCUUCAGCCUCUCCCUGCCCUGGCCCCGUCGGGCCUCGUUGCGCCCCCCAGGUGGGACCCCAAAGUGCCUCCGGACCCCCCGGCCUGGCUGUCGCCCCCGCCGGGGCCACCCAUGCGGCUGUGA